UGUUGUCUCGGGAUGCUGUCUUAAUACAAACAAGUUAGAGAUGAUUUGUUUAUUUUGAGAGAAAAAUACAGUUUUUGAAUCAAGUCAGUAAAUACUUGUAAUAUUUUCAUCCUCACAGUCGAGAUUUAGUUUUGAAAGCAAGCAGGUAUAUCUGGAGGAGUAUCAUCUGAACUGAGAUCUGCUGCUGUGAAGAUGGAGUUUGUUAAAGAGGAGAGAGAAAAGAACACGAGUGAACCAGAAACCUGGAGAAUAAAACACAAGGAACCAGAAACUUUGAGAAUAAAACACGAGGAAACAGAAACCGGGAGAAUAAAACACGAGGAACCAGAAACCGGGAGAAUCGAACGCGAGGAGCCGGAAACCUGGAGAAUAAAACACGAGGAAUCGGAAACCGGGAGAAUAAAACACGAGGAACCAGAAACUGGGAGAAUAAAACACGAGGAACCAGAAACCGGGAGUAUAAAACAUGAGGAACCAGAAACAGGGAGAAUAAAUCACGAGGAACCAGAAACCUGGAGAAUAAAACAUGAGGAACCAGAAACUGGGAGAAUAAAACACGAGGAACCAGAAACCGGGAGAAUAAAACACGAGGAACCAGAAACCGGGAGUAUAAAACAUGAGGAACCAGAAACAGGGAGAAUAAAUCACGAGGAACCAGAAACCUGGAGAAUAAAACAUGAGGAACCAGAAACCUGGAGAAUAAAACACGAGGAACCAGAAACCGGGAGAAUAAAACACGAGGAACCAGAAACCGGGAGUAUAAAACAGGAGGAACAAGGAGAGUUCAUUGAAGAAAAAGAGGAGAAUGAAGAAUCAAGUGAAGUUGAGGAGAAAAAUCAUGUCAAAAUUGGAGGAAAACCUUUGAGAUUCUCUCAAACCAAACAGAAAGAUUUAAAGAAAAAAAUAGCCAAGAAGUCUUUCAACUGCACUCAGUGUGGAAAGAUAUUUACACACAAAACAAGUUUUGAGCGUCACAUGAGUGUUCAUACUGAAGAGAGACCAUUCUCUUGCGAUCAGUGCGGAAAGUGUUACAAACAAUCAGGAACCCUUAAGAUACACAUGACCAUCCACACUGGAGAGAAGCACCACGCAUGUGAUCAAUGCGGUAAAAUGUUUUUAUGGCUUUCACUUAUGAAGAAACACUUGAAAGUUCAUGCAAAGCGGAAACCAAUUCCAUGUCAUUUGUGUGGUAAGAGUUUUUUGCAUCUACAAAGUUUAAAAGAACAUCAGAAAAUACAUACUGGUGUGAGAGAGUACAUGUGCUUUGAGUGUGAAAAGACUUUUAGUUCAGCGGGCAGUUUAAGACAGCAUGAAAGGAUCCACACUGGAGAGAAACCUUACAAGUGUUCACACUGUGACAAGAGAUUCUGUCAAUCAACACAUCUAAAAACACACGAGAUGAUCCACAAUGGAGAGAAACCUUAUAAGUGUUCACACUGUGACAAGAGAUUCAGUCGCUUAACACAUCUGAAAACACAUGAGAGGAUCCACACUGGAGAGAAACCUUAUAAGUGUGCACACUGUGACAAGAGAUUCAAUGAUUAUUCAGGUCUGAAAACACAUGAGAGGAUCCACACUGGAGAGAAACCUUAUAAGUGUGCACACUGUGACAAGAGAUUCAGUCGGUUAACACGUCUGAAAACACAUGAGAGGAUCCACACUGGAGAGAAACCUUAUAAGUGUAAACACUGUGACAAGGGAUUCAGUGAUUCAUCAAGUCUGAAAAUACAUGAGUGGAUUCACACUAGAGAGAAACUUUAUAAGUGUGCACACUGUGACAAGAGAUUCAGUGAUUCAUCAAGUCUGAAAAAACAUGAGUGGAUCCACACUGGAGAGAAACCGUAUAAGUGUUCACACUGUGACAAGAGAUUCAGUCGGUUAACAUAUCUGAAAACACAUGAGACGAUUCACACUGGAGAGAAACUUUAUAAGUGUUCACACUGUGACAAGAGAUUCAGAGAUUCAUCAAAGCUGAAAACACAUGAGUGGAUCCACACUGGAGAGAAACCUUACAAGUGUUCACACUGUGGCCAGAAAUUUAAUCAGUUUCAAAAUCUGAAAAGACAUGAGAGGAUCCACACUGGAGAAAAACCUUACAAGUGUUCACACUGUGACCAGAAAUGUAGUCAGUUUCAAAAUCUGAAAAGACAUGAGAGGAUCCACACUGGAGAUUCAAGACCAUUCUCUUGCGAUCAGUGCGGAAAGUGUUACAAACAAUCAGGAACCCUUAAGAUACACAUGGACAUCCACACUGGAGAGAAACCAAUUCCAUGUCAUUUGUGUGGUAAGAGUUUUUUGCAUCUACAAAGUUUGAAAGAACAUCAGAAAAUAAAUACUGGUGUGAGAGAGUACGUGUGCUUUGUGUGUGAAAAGACUUUUAGUUCAGCGGGCAGUUUAAGACAGCAUGAAAGGAUCCACACUGGAGAGAAACCUUACAAGUGUUCACACUGUGACGAGAGAUUCAGUCUAUCAACAAAUCUAAAAACACACGAGAGGAUCCACAAUGGAGAGAAACCUUAUAAGUGUUCAUGCUGUGCGAAGAGAUUCAAUCAGUCAAGACAUCUAAAAAAACGUGAAAGGAUUCACACUGGAGAGAAACAUUAUAAGUGUUCACACUGUGACAAGAGAUUCAAUCAUUCAUCAAAGCUGAAAACACAUGAGAGGAUCCACACUGGAGAAAAACCUUACAAAUGUGCACACUGUGACAAGAGAUUCAAUCGUUCAUCAAGUCUGAAAAAACAUGAGAGGAUCCACACUGGAGAGAAACCUUAUAAGUGUGCACACUGCGACAAGAGAUUCAGUGAUUCAUCAGAUCUGAAAAAACAUGAGAGGAUCCACACUGGAGAGAAACCUUAUAAGUGUGAACACUGUGACCAGAAAUUCACUCAGUUGCAAAAUCUGAAAAGACACGAGAGGAUCCACACUGGAGAGAAACCGUACAAGUGUUCACACUGUGACAAGAGAUUCAAUGAUCCAUCAGGUCUGAAAACACAUGAGAGGAUUCACACUGGAGAGAAAUCUUAUAAGUGUUCACACUGUGAAAAGCGAUUUAGUGAUCCAUCAGGUCUGAAAACACAUGAGAGGAACCACACUGGAGAGAAACCUUAUAAGUGUGCACACUGUGACAAGAGAUUCAGUGUGUCAUCAGGUCUGAAAACACAUGAGAGGAUUCACACUGGAGAAAAACCUUAUAAGUGUUCACACUGUGACAAGAGAUUCAGUGUGUCAUCAGGUCUGAAAACACAUGAGAGAAUUCACACUGGAGAAAAACCUUAUAAGUGUUCACACUGUGACGAGAUUCAGUCAGUUAACAAAUCUGAAAACACAUAAGAGGGUCCACACUAGAGAGAA